UAGGCUGUGUCUCCUCUUGGACGGUAUCGCCAUCUGGGACCACCGAUUGUAAACAAAACAAUGGCGAACUGCGAGGCAGAGGCAGCCAACUCUUCAGAGAGCUGGUAAAAGAAUUCAUGCUCCUUUCUCUCAACUUUGACAAUCAGUACAGGGAGCAAUGGCCAAGGUCUCAACUCUGGGGAUUCCUCUACAUCCGAUGUCGAACCCCAAAUAUGAGAGACAGGUGGACGACGAGGAAGGCUCCGGGUCGAGCGCCAGCCCUACAGACACUCCCAUGGGGGAAAGCAACGCACAUGACGGACACACGCGAUUUCCAACGCUACACUACAAGGCGGGCUACGCCAUCUGUGGACGCUUCACGCGACUGGAGCAGUUUCUGGGUCUGCUGAGUAUAUUCUUGGCGCUACUCGUUAUCAUAUUCAUCUCUAUACUGGCGUCGCGCCAUGAUGAGCGGGCACCCUCGCCGCGAGUUGUACCACCUGCCACCACUCCCCCAGCCACAGAAGACAAGUGUGUCACUCCAGCAUGUGUCACCGUCGCGAGCUCUGUCAUCAAUGCCAUGGAUCUCAGCGUGGACCCCUGUGAGGAUUUCUACACCUAUGUAUGUGGGGGGUGGAUAAAGAAACAUCCCAUACCCUCAGGUCACUCCCACUGGGGGACAUUUGGGGUGCUAUGGCAACAGAACCAGCUCGCAAUGAAAAAUGCUUUAGACGCACAAGAAAAGUUCGACAGUGUGUCAGAACAAAAAGCCAAAACCUACUACCUGUCCUGCAUGGACACCAACAAGACAAUUGAGAAGUUAGGAUCUCAGCCAUUGCUUGACCUCCUACACGACCUUGACCUAGAUAACCUGACAGCGCAGACGGACUAUAACCGUGUCCUGAAUACGGUCCAGGCAUACAAUAUUGAUGUACUGCUGGCUAUCUGGGUGGGGGAAGACGAGAGGAAUUCUCAGCAAAAUAUCCUACAGGUUGAUCAGAGUGGCCUGGGGCUUCCUGACAGGGAUUAUUACCUGAAUAAAACAAUAGAGGAAGACAAGGUGCUGGGGGCCUACCUGGAGUACAUGGGAGAAUUGGGGGCACUGCUUGGCUGGGACAAAAAUGACACUCUGGACAUGGGCAGAAAGAUUAUAGAGUUUGAAACACGGCUGGCAAAUAUAACAAUUCCAGCAGAUGAGAGGAGAGAUGAGGAGAAAAACUACCACAAGAUGUCACUAGCGGAGCUCCAGCAGCUGGCACCAGUGAUCAACUGGCUGGGUUAUUUCAACACUAUAUUGAAAGUCAGCAACAUCACAGUGACCUCUAGUGAGAAGUUGGUGGUAUAUGCCCCAGAAUUCCUAGGAAACAUGUCUGCCCUCGUACUCAACAUGACUUCUACAGAGGAGGGAAAAAUGACUCUUCUGCACUACAUGAGAUGGCACAUAGUCAAGGCGUUCGCACCGUAUCUGUCCAAGGAAUUUGUUACCAUCGAGAAAAACUUUGCACAGGCAUUAUCAGGCUCGUCAGGCCGGGAGGAGGUAUGGCGGUACUGCAUUACAGAUACCAACGGGAAGCUUGGCUUCGCUUUAGGAGCAUUGUUUGUCAAGUCAGAAUUCAAAGGAGAUAAUAAGGAAAAGGCCGAGCAAAUGAUACAAGAAGUGCGGAAUGCAUUCAAACGAAACCUGCUGAAGUUGACGUGGAUGGACGAAGAGACAAAAAAGGCCGCCAUUGAUAAGGCAGACGCCAUAGUUGAUAUGAUUGGAUUUCCCUCCUUCAUACUGAACAAGACUGCCCUUGAUGAACGCUAUGCUGAGUUUCCUGUGACAGUGGAUGGUUACUUCAGUAAUAACAUUAACUCUGUGAAGUAUGCUGUGAAGAGAAAUAUCGACAAACUGAAAAGGAAACCAGACAAAAACAGCUGGGACAUGACUCCUCCCACUAUCAAUGCCUACUACUCCCCCACCAAGAAUGAGAUUGUCUUCCCUGCUGGAAUAUUACAGGCUCCCUUCUAUGACCAGACCUUUCCCAAGUCAUUGAACUAUGGUGCUAUGGGGGUAGUGAUGGGACAUGAACUGACACAUGGUUUUGAUGACCAAGGUCGUGAGUUUGACAAAUAUGGCAACCUUCACCCCUGGUGGAACAAUGCUUCUGUGGCCAAGUUUAAGGAACUGACCAAGUGCUUCAUUGACCAGUACAGCCAGUACAAACUUAAUGGGGAAAAGGUGAACGGAAAACAAACACUAGGUGAAAAUAUUGCAGACAAUGGAGGACUGAAGGCUGCUUACCAUGCAUAUGAACACUGGGUACAGCAUAAUGGGGAGGAGCAGCCGCUGCCAGGGACCAAUCUGACCCACAGACAGCUGUUCUUUGUUGGUUUCUCUCAGGUAUGGUGCUCAUCUCAGACCAAAGAGGAAGAUAAGUUACAGUUGGCCACAGAUCCCCAUAGUCCUGGAAAAUACAGAGUGAUAGGGACAUUAUCCAACUCGGUGGAAUUUGCUCAACAAUUCCAGUGCAAACCUGGCAGCCCCAUGAACCCUGCAGUACAGAAGAAAUGCGUCAUUUGGUGAUCAGCAUCGACAGCAUUUAGAAUACUUUGUCACUUUUUCUGGUGGGAAUUCAGUUGGUGACUGUGGUAGUAUUAACACUCAUUGAGAGCAAAAAUAGGGGAAGUUUCAUUUUGUUGCCAUAGCAACACCAUAUAUAAAGGAAUGCCUGAAGGCAAGUAUAUAAUAUGGUGGUUGUCAUGGUAACACCAUAUAUGGAAUAUCUGCACCACCAAAUGUGACAUUUUGUGAUGGGUUAAAUAUGUAUUCCAAGUUGUCUGCACAAUGGAUAAGUCUUCAGGCACUGUUAUGUCCUUACAAUAUUUAUAAUUCAUAUCAUCUAUUGGACCUGUAUAUGGAUAAGAAUUUUCAGCAGUGUACCAUCAGUAAUUCAUUUAAGCCCUAUUCAUGUGCCCUAAGUUGCCAUGACAAUAUGCAGAUGAGUUCCUUAUAAGGGCAUAUAAGUGAUCGCAUAUGUUCAUGUAAAACUUACUUCUCAGUGGAAAGGUGAUAUGAUAUAUGUAUACAACUGAGGUCAAGAUAUCAUCAGCACAAUUUGUUGUUUCUUCCAACCACAAACAGGUUCAAUUUCUAAAUUAUUCUCCAUAUUAUAUUCCUUUUUUUAAUGUCCAUGACACAAUUUUACUAAGAGUUGGAGAUGAAAGUCUUCUGGAUUAAUUUGGGUAUAUGAUUGCCCCUUCCACCAAACACCUCAUUCAGUACUUGCAUUUUCAGUUUUUUAAAGUCCAAUUUCAUCUAUCUUUUUUGUUAAAUUCAAAUUUUAAAGCAGCUGGCUGCAGUAGCAUGGCACAACCUACAACCUGACCUGACAGAUAAAAUAAAAUAGCUUCAUUGUAUUUUAAAUAGUAAAUUAAUUAGAAAAUUAAUCAGCAAAACCAGACAGCCUCAUUUUAUGUUUUAUUUUUGUAAGUGAAAUCAGAGUACUGGUGUUUGUUCCAUAAUUGCGUUUUCAUGUUACUCUCAGGAUUUCAGAGGAUCAAACUUUUCCUGUCAAUUUGAUGCCACAGAUUUUAUUUAUUGCUUGCUGUGUGAAAAGCUAUUACAGUAAACUUGAAAUGGUGCUUUAUUUUUGGUACUACAUAAAUAUGUUUUUUUGUUUUUGGUAACACUGAGAAGAACAAUUAUGAUACCUGAGUAUGUUUGUUUAGAAAUCUUGCAUAUCAUUAUUAUUCAAAAUGUAAUGUAUUUAAUCAUCUUGAAAAUAUGUGGUUAAAAGACUACGAUAAACUCUGGCAUUGAUUGUUAUCUACGAUGUUAAACUUAAGUUUUUAUUGUUGUAUUUCAAAAGUGCUAUUUAAAAAAUUAAUAAUUUGGCUGCAUAAUGGGAUUGGAUAUAUUGUAAUUGCAUGGAACAGGGGAUUAUUAGAAAAAGACUAUCAAGUUAUUAUAAGUCAUAUUUCUUCUACAUUUGUAGAUGGUUAUAUUUUUGUGAAAGUAAACCUUCCCUUACUCAUGGAAAAGCUAGUCCAAAAUCAAAGAACUGAACUUAAUGAAGUGUGUUACGGAGUUUGUAGAAUAUUUUACUUUACUUUUUUUGUCUAAGCUGGGUUUUUGAUUAUGUAUGUAUAUUUAUUGGAUUUUACCAUGAUAUAUAUAUAUAAGUGUGCAUGUGUUUAUUAUAGUAUAUUUACAAUUCUUAAAAGCUUCAAAUAUUUCUUUAUAAGUAAAACUUUUUGUUGAAACGUGACAACAGUAAACUACAAUACUUACACCCCACUUUACACUGAUUAAGUUACUUUUCUGGCAUCAGGAAUAUACUGGUACAGGGCUUUAAGAUUUGUUUGCCGUUUCUACCAAAGACCAUAUCAUUGUGAAUGUAUUUUUUGUAGUAUAUUCAUAUUCUAAGAAUAUAUGAUAAGGGAAAUAUGUGUUCUAUAAAGAUAUUUGAAAAUAUUAUAACUGUACAAUACUUGGCAUGAUUAUUUUUAUCUAUUUAUUUUUAUUUUGUAUCAUUACCUAAUGUGAUGUGGGUUAGAGAAACUUGAAGCUCCUCUGAUGUUUUCACGAGCUCACAUCCCCCUCAUAUAUUGAGGUUUUAUGUUGCACUGCCUUAGUAUGCUUAAUGUGAACUGACUUAGCAAACAAGCCAAGCAGUGCCACAUUUUACCCAUAUAAAUAGGGUGGCAUAUUGAGACAAAAGCUAGUCAUGAGAAGUAAGAAGACUCAACAGCAGUCUGUAUAUCAGAUUCAGCUGGCAGGCCAGAUAUUUGAAUUCCCUCAAAAAUUUCCCAUUACUAUACAAAAUAACUAUUUGCAUUCUUGACUCAUUAUUAUUAUCGUUAUAAUUAUUAUUAUGAUAUUAAAUUUAGGUCAAGAAUUUUACACUUCAGUGUUCUAAUUGAAAGAUGAGAGGUGACAGAUUUUUGUGAAAAAAUCACCAUACUCCAUAAACACAUAUAUGUAGAUGUGCAGUGCAUAUAGAAACAAAAUAGUUGACAGAUAUCUCUUCAGCUCUCUGGAUUUUGUGUUAGUGAUGGAUAUUUGUAUUAUAUAUAAUAUAUGAAUGAAUAUAAUAUGUAUACAUGAAA